AUGAAAAUUGCUAAUUAUUAAAUUGAACUACCCAUUUCUUCAGAAUACUCUUACUAAUUGAUAUAUAGAGGAAUAGAUCAAAAUAAAUAAUCCUAUUACAUUAACAUCUUUCCUAAAUCUGAAUUAGAUUCAAUCAUGUACUAAAACAUUUAAUCUAAACUUCAAUUCUACAAUUAUAUUAAAGAUGCUUAUGAAGAUGAUGAGAAUGUACUCAUUUCUUAUUCUAACAGUGAUUCUUGGAUCAAAAUGCCUUCCAAAAUUACAAAUGAUUAAUUCAAUACUUACUUGAAACAAUUAUAUGAUCUAUAUUCGUUAGAUAGUUUAGGAUUCUAUGAUUUCAAUCCUGAUUUUCUUUAUAUCAAUUAAAAGACUAUUUAUAUCAUUGAUUAUGGUUUACGAUAUUCUCAAUUUUAAAUCAAAUACUAACAAAAGCAUAAUAGCAAUUAUUAAUAAAGCUAAUUCAUGAAGACUUGGAUGUUUGGAUCAAUGCUUUAUUGUCUAACUACUGGAACAAAAGAUCCUAGUUUUCUUAUUAAAUUAAAUCAACAGCAAAUUAAUUAUCACAUUGAAUACAAUUGUCGAUAGAAUAAUAUUAGUGAAGAUAAUAUCAAUUUUCUUAAACUCUUGCUUUAAGUAGAUUUUAAUCUUCGUCCUGCAUUCGAUUAUUUAACUAAUCUCCCAUUACUUUAAUCCACAAAAAUAAAUAAAAUACAAUCCCCUCAACAUAAUAAUCAAUAAAGAACUAUUUAAAAAUUAGAUAAACUUAAUUAGGGUUCUAUACCUUAAUUCUCUAAAUACAAAUUUAAUCAUUCACAAUCAACCUUUAUUCCUACAAUGCAUCAUAGUAAAGUUUAAAUAGCUUUGAAAAAAAACUUUUCAUCUUUUUCUCAAAAAUAAUUGAAACAAUCUAAAAUUAAUUAAUAUCAAUAUGCUAACUAAUUAAUUAAAUCCAAUCUUACAAAUAAGCAUUAAAUUCUCAAGAAUAUUUCCACCACUAAAUCUUUUUUUACUCCCAAUUAAAUGUAAAAUAAUAGUUCUGUUGUAAAUGAAUAAACACGUUAAAAUAAUCGAUUUAAUUAAAAGAAUCUCACUAUUAACAUGGAUACAAUUAAACCUAGUAGAAGUACGUCCGUCAAUACAAAAUCUUAAGAACAUUAAUCUAAUGCAUAAACUAAUCAAAUGGUUAUCUAACCAAAAUAAGAAAAUAAUUUUGAAUUCAAAUAAAAACCUAAAAAGAAUCAAAUCAACUCAUUCGAGUAAGAUUUCUUUUUUAAAGAAGAAGAUGAUGAAGAAGAUUUAGAUUACUGA